AUGUCUAACCGCCAGAUCACUUGGGCUAAUCUGCCUGUCGGCGUUGGCCACGGCCAAGGCCUUGCAUACCGUGGUCCUAGCGGUCUUGGUGGCUUCAGCAGCUCGGUUCCUCGACGUCACCGUUACAAGCUUUGCCGUGAUAACAUCCGCGGUGUCAAUAAUCCAAGAAGUGAACUGACAUCGCAUCAUCAUCUCCUCCCCUUCCCCCCCUUCCCACCAUUCCCGUUACCAUUACCAUUACCACUACCAGUAUCAUUACUACUACUCUCCAGACUCAUAUUCAUCUUCAUCUUCACAUUCACAAACCUCUCCAGCAUGUCGCGCGCCCUCCUCUCCCUCGCCUCAAACCCGGCGUUGAACAAACCCGGCAGCACCCUUGCGCUAUUGGCAGGAUCGGCCGCGAAGACGGGCGCUCCAGCGCUUGCCACGGCACAACUGGACUGCCUCCUCCAGCAGGGCGGCGCCCACGCCCUUUCUGCGGUAUUUCUGGCGCACCGUCCAUGCGCGGAUGACCGCCUUGAUCUUCGGGGUUGCGUUGGCAGCAUUCGCAGCAGCAUUCGCAGCAGCAGCACCGCCGCUGUUAUUACUCCUAUGGCCCUUCUUCCCCCCACCACCACUGCUGCUGCUGCUGCGCCGCUUCACACUACUACUCGCAUCCACCACACCGGCAAGCACCAGCGCGGCAAUGACCUCGUCUCCGAACCUCGUCACCAACACCUCCACCUUAUUGUUAUUAUGACUAUUAUUGUACCCAUCAGCGCCCAACCAGCGCCACGUCCCCACCCGCUCUCCGCCUCGACCAGAUACACGGCGACCAUCCACCUGACCGUCAGCAGUGCCGCCAUGGUGACGCCGGCCACGGUGACUGUGUAUGGAGUAUCAUCAUCUCCAUUGCUGCGGAGGGCGAGGUCGUCAUUUUGA